AUUAUUACUAUAAAUCUGUUUCUUAUUGUUUUAAUUUAUAGGUAUUUUAGGCGUUUAUACAAAACUCUACGUAUUAGUCAGGCAUUUUCAAGACUAAUUUUAACACGCAAACUACGAGAUUAAUUAAUAAAUACAAAUAUUGCAGCAUUGAAAUGACUCAGAACUUCGAAUACCUUAACUUUUGCAAUGUGCAAUUUUAUACUUAAAAUUUAAGAACGUUAUAUUGACUGCAUAUCUGAUGUUUGCAACUGAUCAUUUUGUUUCCAGCAAAAUAGAAAUACAAGUGCGACUGGAAUAUACGAACCCUGGAAAUUUUGAUUAUACACUGUUCACAGCUUUCUCAAUAUAUGAUUAUGCAACCGGCGAUUUCUUUGAGAUGCACCUCGAUAGACAUAACAACGAUAUAAAGGUCUACAGAAACGGUACACAAAUCUGUAAUGCAAAUCGAAAAGGACCGAUAUCUCCUUGUGCAAUUCCACUGGAGAAAGGUCAUUGCUUUGUAAUGGCUGGCAAUGGUAAAGUAGUCAUCCAAGGCUGUGCUGUUAAGUACUUUGCAAAUACGAUAAUAUUUACUGCGUGGAAAUUCGUAAGUCUGAGUAUUAGUGUCAACAAAUACAGUGAGAAAUUAAAUAUAACAGGCUUAGCAGGCCACCUGAAAGAUAAAAUGUUUGUGUUUAGGAACGGAACUAAAGUAGAUGCUAACUCUUCAGUGUCUGUUAUAUUUGAUUAUGGUGAAUCAUGGACUCUAACUGAUGAGUUGGAAAGCAAUUUCAACUAUUCCAUAACAAAUGGAAAUUACACAUAUUACAACGAGCACCAUACACGUCCGAGAUUCCUAGAGGAGUUAGUGGGGAACCUUACAGCAUUGUUUGAAGGAUAUUCCAAAUUAAACAUAUCGCUAUUCAACACUACAUGCAUAAAUAAAUGGGACAACACAUCUAAUGUACCGUGCUUGUUAGCUAUCGCAAGAACAGGUGACAUUAACCAAGGCCUUGCUGAAAUGUCUGCAGCGAAGGAGACACAUCGUAUAUGGGAGACAUUACAUAAUCAUCCCCCAAAUGUCUCAGAGAGCUUCCCCGAAAAUAUCACUGUACGAUAUAAAGAAGAUUUAAACUGGACGAUAGAUUUAAAGAACUACGUCUAUGAUGACAACACGGACAAGGAUGACCUUAAAUUCGAAGUCAAAACAGAACUGCCGGAAAAAGAGUAUACACUUGACGGUGGAGUAUUUACGUGGAUUAUCGGCACUGGCUUAAGGUAUAUAGAUACAGCUAUUACAUUUACUGCAUAUGACAAAUUCAAUGCUACCGCAAACUUUGGAAUCUCUAUCAAUUACUGUGGAUGCAAGGAACCUGGGCAAUGUUCUUUUGAUGCGUUGAAUUUCAAUUCAACAGAUAAUGUAAACAAAGCAUUAUGUAUCUGUCCGGCAUAUGCUGAGGGAUUAUACUGCGAAGAAUUAAUAGACUCAUGUCCAAAAGUUACCUGCUACCUGAAUAAUUGCAAUGCAACGGCCUACCAGUUAUUACCCAGCUGGCCAUGUGCCCCUUGUCCAAAAGGAAUGGAUCAGGUGAUGACUCCACAAAUACAAACCUGUAUAGAUAUUGACGAGUGUGCUCCAGAUUACACUGGUCAAGAUAAAUGUCAGCAACUGUGUUAUAAUUCUGUUGGGUCAUUUACUUGUGACUGUAGAAGUGGAUAUACAUUAAAUGCUGAUAAACAUACAUGUGAUGUCAUUGUAGGCAAGACGGAUGAUUCAGUAGAUGUAAAAUGUACCAAAUCACAAUGGGAUAUAAGCGUACAUAUGGACGUGCUAAAGACACAGUACCCGGACAUCAGACCACAAGACAUAUACUUAGGAGAAUCAAAAUGUCAAGGAAGACUUGAAGGGUCCAUUCUUAAGUUUAUUUACAACAUCAGUAGCUGCAAAACCACAGAAAUGACAUCAGGCAUAACCAACAUCUUCAGCAACAAACUAUUCUAUGUCAUCUUUGACCCUGUUAUACCGUUUUUAAUUCGCCGACACAUGUGGACGUUUGCUGUAGAGUGUGAUAUUAUCAGAGGGGGAACUGGGAAUUCACAUCUACAUCAUGGCAUUGAAACACAUCAUGCAACAUACGUUGAACAUUAUAACGUCACUGUAGAACUUUAUAGUGAUCAACAAUUUCAGCACCCUAUAAAUGGAAAUAUCGGCAUUGUCCAUGUAGGAGAAGACGUGUACGUCAAGGUUUCUACGACUAUACCAGAUUGGAAUACAAAGAUGCGGUUGCACACAUGUUUUACAAGACCAAAUACGAACGCGACAAGUGAAAUGGAUGUUGUUUUGAUAAAUAAUGGGUGUGAGGUAGAUAGCAAUACACACAUUAUUUCACAGUCAACGCAUGAGACGAGAUUUGUUUUUCAAGAUUUUGAGUAUCUUACAAAUGAUGAAGGGCUAGACAUUUACUGUAACGCAACAUUUUGUGAUUCUAAGGAUUACUCGUCAGGUUGCGUACAGGCCUGUCAUCAAGGUCCUUCAUUGAUCGGAUGACUGUUCUAAACUCAAAACCAAUGAAUGACACUGUUGAAAUAACAGUAUAAAAGAAAUAAAAAAAAAAAAAAAAGAAACAUCCGUAGGCUAUU